UGUCUUGCCUUUCAAACGGAUAAUGGCUUGAGUGUUGGUGGGGUCGGUUUGCAUGUUACUAGGGUCGUAUUUAGCUCGCGGGGGGGGGGAAAUAAAUUUCUGCUAUUUCCUACAAUAUUAUCGGAAAGUCGUGGAUUUUUAUGUUUUAGAGUGUUUCUGGCUUUCUGGGAAUCCUACUAUACGAGGCUGGAAAGCCAUUUAGGAACGGGUUUCUAUCCCCCUUCUUUUUUUGCUAAAACUAAAUCAAAUAUCGGGUGACUGGCUUUGGAUUCUCCCCUGAAUAUUCGCUUCUCUAUUAGCUCCUUCGGUUUUUCCUGCUCGUAUAUGGUAUGUGAAAAUGUUCCGUUUUAUACAGCAAUGUGGUUUCCAAAUUCCUUCCAAGUUGCAGACAAUUCACCUCAAAGGUUUCUGCAGCCUCGGAAUAACUUUUGCAGCGUUCCUCUUAAAUAUCGUCAGAGUUUCCUCAAAUUACAACUAUCUAAAAAGGCAUCUUUGUGUACAACUAAGAUCCAGGGAUUUCAUUCCUCCGCUUGCAACUGGAACAGUAAAAGGCCUUCAGAAUCUACUGAUAAGCAGGAUCCUGGACUAUUUGACUUGGCAUCAUUCAAGGACUCUCCGAAACCUGCCAUUUAUGUAGCAGCUUCAGUAUUAUUUCCAUUUGUUUCAGUGCCAUUAACAAUGGCUAUCCAAAAAGCCUCCUAUCCUGAGUUGGCAUUUGCUGAAAUUGCAUAUGCUGCCUCUAUAUGCUUUCCUAGAGGGAUCAGGUGGGGAUUUACUCUUCUAGAAGGAAGUCCUGCAAAACCUGACUGGCGUAAUUUGGGUAACAGUAUAGUUCCUUUACUAGCCUGGAUUACCCUCCUUUUAAAAGAUCUCACUACAGCUGGAAUCAUGGUCAUUAUAGGUUUAAUGAUAGCCCUGAAUAAUGACUUGGUCCUUCUUCCCACCUAUCCCAACUGGUUUAAAGCCUUAUUAGUAAUUUUAACUCUAGUGGCUGCAUUUGCUACAUUUGUCACAUUAAUUUAUGUGAAUUUCUAUCCUGAAAGAUAUCUAAGUUUUAGAUUGGAGGAAACAGAAGAUUCUAAGUAAACACACACAAAUGCCCUUGUGGGAGAAACAGAAUAUAGAAUGGAAAGAAUAUUCAAAAUGUAUGAAAUGAAAUUAGAAAAUUAUUGGAACAGAAAAUAAUAAAUGAAUUUUCUAAUUCAUUAAAUUUAGAACACUAGCCAUAGAGAAGCAAAUUAGAAAGGAGGCUAGGUGCUGAACACUGAUAGAUGGUUUUUAAAUUACUUGGUUUUCAUUUGUAGAUUUAAUUCUCUUGAUUUUUUAAAUCAAAUUUGAUACAAAUAUGAACCAAUUCACAGCAUUAUUCUUGGUAAUUAAUUCUAGAUAGGUCAGUACCAGAGUUAUUUGAAGCAUGUAGAGCAAUACUUCACUUAAAACCUGGCAGCACAUCCUCUUGGAAGGCUCAGCGCAGCCUUGAAUGGUUUCCCCAUUUUAUCUGAACAUGUGUGUGCAUGCAUAUAAUUAAUAUAUCUACUGGGAUUCAUGCUGAAGCUUUAUUACUAACAAAUUGUAAUAAAAGUAAGAUAGCUUUGAGGAAAUUGGAUAACAAACUAAUUGUUUCGGUGAUUCGAAAGAGUAAUUCUGGGCCAAAGAUAUUUGGGUAAUAUGUUCUAAAUAUUUAAACAUAAAACUAUAGAUCUGCUGCUGCCAACAGACAAUACAUCAUCUUUUAUAUUAAGGAGUUUUUAGAAGUUUUAACUUCUUGUGCUAAGUAUUUGAUUUCUAUUUGCUGAAUUAACAAAAAAACCAGUAUAAACAAUUCAUUUUUUAAUUUAAAAAAUUGUGAGAAAACUUUAAGAAUACACUUGAGGUUUAAGAGAAACAUUGAUUUAACUGUGCCACACUGUUGAUCAAAAUCUUAUGCUAGUCUGUCCCUGUAAUAAAGUAUUCUUUCCCUUUCUCUCAAAAUUUUCACAACAAUUUUUUUUUAAAUUUCUUUAGUUGUCUAGUGCCGAGUUUCCAUAAUGACAUAAGGUACAGUGGAUUUGGCUUGAAAUAACUAGAAUUUCCAUUGUGCUGGACUUGUAACAGGGCAAAUGUCAUUUAAGACUGGAUAAAAGUGUAUCAUGAAAUUAAAUUCUACUUUCUUACAACAAGUAACAAGUUUUUGUAAAGAGAACUAUCAUUUUGUUAAGAGAAAAAUCAAUGUUUGUUUUAACAGAAGGCUUCUGAAGUCUCGAGUUCUAUUAAGAAUCAGGGCAAAUAGAGGCAAGGGUUAAAUAUAAAGCCUUUCCAAUAAUUUAUUCAAAAUUGUAAAGCAAAGUUGAUGAUGGGGAGAGGAAGAAAAUUGGUUACAACCCAUUGUUGUCUCCUGCAUGUAUCCACAUUCACUGCUCUAUUAGGGCGAGAGUCAAUCUUGUUUUCCACCAGUCUGCAUAAAUAUUGAUGUAUUUUGUGAACAGUGUGGACUCCCUGCUGGUCUAAAUGACAAAUAAUGUUUCAGUUAGAAUGUACACCACCUCUCAGGUAUAGGCUUUAGAAUGUAUGUAUGGGAGAUUCUCUCAGCUCCUGCCCUCUAAA